GGGGGCGGGGCGCUGACGUCGCGGCGCGGCCCGCGGCCCGGCGGGGCGGGGCGGGGAGGCGGUGGCCGGUCGGCCCGGCCCAGCCCGCAGCGGCGGCGGCGCUCGGAGCCGGCUCCAGACCGCCCUCCGCCGCGGCCGAGUUUGUCUCCAGGUCCCGGGGUCUGCACCGGCUCCGCCGGCCCUCGCCCGCCGCUUCCCCGCCAUGGCCCUGGUGCGGGGCGCGGAGCCGGCAGCGGGGCCUUCCCGCUGGCUUCCCACGCAUGUCCAGGUGACUGUGCUGCGGGCCCGCGGGCUGAGGGGCAAGAGCUCGGGCGCGGGCAGCACCAGCGACGCGUACACGGUGAUCCAGGUGGGCCGCGAGAAGUACAGCACGUCGGUGGUGGAGAAGACGCACGGCUGCCCAGAGUGGCGUGAGGAGUGCUCCUUCGAGCUGCCACCCGGCGCCCUGGAUGGCCUGCUGCGGGCGCAGGAGGCCGACGCGGGCCAGGCGCCCUGGGUCGCGGGCUCCGCCGCCGCCUGCGAGCUGGUGCUCACCACCAUGCACCGCUCACUCAUCGGCGUCGACAAGUUCCUGGGCCAGGCUACGGUGGCGCUGGACGAGGUCUUCGGCGCAGGCCGCGCCCAGCACACGCAGUGGUACAAGCUGCACUCCAAGGCAGGCAAGAAGGAGAAGGAACGCGGUGAGAUCGAAGUCACCAUCCAGUUCACACGCAACAACCUGAGUGCCAGCAUGUUUGACCUGUCCAUGAAGGACAAGCCAAGGUCCCCCUUCAGCAAGAUCAAGGACAAGAUGAAGGGCAAGAAGAAGUAUGAUCUGGAAUCUGCCUCUGCCAUCCUCCCAAGCAGCGCCAUAGAGGAUCCUGACCUGGGCAGCCUGGGCAAGAUGGGCAAAGCCAAAGGCUUCUUCCUCCGCAACAAGCUGCGCAAGUCGUCCCUGACCCAGUCCAACACCUCUCUGGGCUCGGACAGCACCCUGUCCUCAGCCAGUGGGAGUCUGGCCUACCAGGGGCCUGGCGCCGAGCUCCUCACCCGCUCACCAAGCCGCAGCAGCUGGCUGUCCACUGAAGGGGGCAGGGAGUCUGCACAGUCCCCCAAGCUGUUCACCCACAAGAGGACCUACAGUGACGAGGCCAGCCAGAUGCGCGCGGCUCCUCCUCGGGCCCUUCUCGACCUUCAGGGCCACCUAGAUGCUGCCUCCCGCUCUUCGCUCUGUGUCAAUGGGAGCCACAUUUACAACGAGGAGCCCCAGGCCCCUGUGCGGCACCGCAGCUCCAUAUCGGGCUCAUUUCCAUCCUCUGGCUCCUUGCAAGCUGUCUCUUUCCGGGCCUCUGAGGAGGGGCCUCGUUCCGCAGAUGACUCCUGGGCCAGAGGCAGUCGUAGCAACAGCAGCUCAGAGGCAGUGCUUGGACAGGAGGAGCCGAGUGCUCAGGCCAAAGUCCUGGCCCUUGGGGCCAGCCGCCCUGGAGAGGAGGCGGGGGCCCAGCUGCCAGAGGGCAAGCCCAUCCAGGUCGCCACACCCAUAGUGGCCUCCUCUGAGGCUGUGGCAGAGAAGGAAGGAUCCCGGAAGGAGGAACGCAAACCUCGGAUGGGCCUCUUCCACCACCACCACCAGGGCCUAAGUCGGAGCGAGUUGGGGCGCCGAAGCUCUCUGGGGGAGAAGGGGGGUCCUGCCCUAGGGGCCUCCCCACAUCACUCGUCCAGUGGGGAAGAAAAGGCCAAGAGUAGCUGGUUUGGCUUGAGAGAAGCCAAGGAACCAACUCAGAAACCCAGCCUGGACGUGUCUCCUCAGGUAGAAUCUGACCCAGCUGCUCUUCCUCACCACCUCCCCUGCUCCCCUGGGGCUCUGGCCCCCCCCACUCCUGCUCCCACUGCUGCUCCCAUGCUAAGCACUAACCUUUUUGCAGCCGCCUCCCCCGCUGCUGCCACUGCCGCUGCCACCACCACCGCCGCCCCUGAAGCCACCCCACCUGGAUUCUUGGGUCUCACCAACCCGUUCCUCACCUCUUUGCAGAGCAACCCCUUCUUCGAGGAGCUCAUAGCCGACAUAGCACUAAACUCUCCUUCACCUGCUCCCUCUCUCCCCAGUGCCUCGAGGGCCAGCCCCACCCCCCUGGCCUCCCCUGGGAAAGCCCUGCCUGAGUGGGACAACACCUUCAACGUCUUUGCUGCCAGCAGGCUGCGUCCAGAGGCCAGGAGCAAGAUCCUGGCCCCUGCAGGAGUGGGGCUGGAGGCGGCAGGGCUGCAAGACCCAGGCCCUGUUGCCAUGACUGUGAAGGCAGCCGAGCCCAAGGGAGAGCCUGGGGGAGGAGGAGGAAGAGGUGGGAGCAGCGUGUGGCUGGAGCCCAGGGUUCCUCUGGACUUAGGACUGGACCACCAGAGCACGAGUGCAGCUGACCUGGGGCCUGUCGGGUCUGUAGGGACUGGUGUGCCUGACUCGUCAGCUCAGCUACAGCUGAGAGCCUCAGCCUCAGAACCAGACAGGGAGCUGCCAGCCCUGGAAGGGGAAGAAGGGCAGAGUCCGGCAGACAGUGGGACAUCUCUGUUUAGCUCCCCAGAAGUGAUCAGUGUGUGGGAGAGGCUGCCGGGCCCAGACAGUGCUGCUGAGGGCCAGGAUGAUCAGGCCUCCCGAGGCGAAAACCAGCUUUGCCCUGACGUUGAGACAGCUGAUGAUGCCUGGCCUUGGGAUGUGGUCACCAUUUCUCCUGCAGCUGAGAUGGCCUCACUCGUCUUGCCUGGAGAGUCUGAUGAGCCUCUGCCCCAGGUGCAGCCUGAAUCGCCAGAAACUGUGAGCCCCCAGGGGAGCGAGGGGCUUCCCCUGCUGGAGCCUGAGCCUACACCUGAGUGGGUGUCUGAUGAGGGGCUGCAGCCCAGCACCCCACCUCCCAAGCCACCGCGCCUCUUCACACCCUCAAGAUCCCAGGAGGAGGAGAAGGCCACAGCAGGGCUGAGUAACAGGGGGUCAGAGACAGAGGGAGAAGAUGCCUCCUCAAGUGCACUGGCUGUCAGUCCCCCAGAGACAAAGGAGGAGGGAGAGAAGCCCGAGUCCGAGGAGUCUGACAGCCACUCCUCCGCAACCCUGCUGGACGAGCCUGGCCUGGAAGAGCUAGUGGAGGAUGCUAGCCCUGUUGUGUCUGGGUCCUGCCUAUCUGUGCCCACCAGCUGUCCUGAGGGUCCUGCCCUCAUACCAUGUCACUCAAAGAGCUUGGCUCUUCAGAGUCAGCAGGGGUCUCUAGAGACUGGAGAAGGCCCUGAGAAUCCUGAGGCCCAGGGCCAGGGCCCAGUAAGAGAGGGGCUUGGGUCCCCAUCAGUUACCUCGCAGCAGGCUGAUGUGUGGGUCUCCAAGGAAGAUGCCUUGAACCCCUUCUUGUUUCAGGGGAGCCGAGAUCCUCCCAGCCUCUCAUCUGCAUCCCCACCAGGGUCCAGGGAGUCUUCUAUUCAUUCUGGCCCAGAAGAGCUGCCCACUCCCCCAGAGCCUGACUUUCCACCGCCCCCUCUCCCGCCUUGGGCCAGCCACCACUGUGGGGGACCCAGCCCUCCGUGCUCUCCCCUGUCUGGAGCCUGGCCCCCGACCUCAUCCUCCUCACCACCGGGGGAGCCAGCCUCACUCCCUGGCCCCCUUGAGCCCUCCCCACCUGGGGGCUCCCCUGCCCCACUUGGGGAGGACCUCGCUGCAGCCACCCCAGCCUCCCCGCUUGUGCUUCUGCCCUUGGAGACACGACCAGCUGAGGAGCCGCAGCCCAGUGCCAGUCCCCACCCUGUGAAGCCCCUCAGUGCCACUGCUGUGGAGGGCAGCCCCGAAAGGAAGCAGUCACGCUCCAGUUUGAGCACAGCCCUGAGUAGUGGGCUGGAGAAGCUCAAAACAGUCACAUCUGGGAGCAUUCAGCCUGCGACCCAGGCCCCCCAGGCUGGCCAGACGGUGGACAACAAGAGGCUGAAGGACUCAGCUGUGCUGGACCAGUCGGCCAAGUACUAUCACCUGACCCAUGAUGAGCUCAUCAGCCUGCUCCUGCAGCGGGAGCGGGAGCUGAGCCAGCGGGACGAGCAUGUGCAGGAGCUGGAGAGCUACAUUGACCGGCUUUUGGUGCGGAUUAUGGAGACCUCACCCACGCUGCUGCAGAUCCCCCCAGACCCCCCCAAAUAGCCUUCCUCACCCCACCCCAGGAGGGUUGGCGUGGACCUGCUGCCGCCUGCCCUCCCUCCUGCUGAACUCUGACCUGCAGCGGGGCAUCAUCUGUCCCGCCUCAUCACUCCUUGCCCCCCUCUCUCCUGCCUCGACUGGGGCUGCUGGAAGUGGGGCGCUCUGGAUUCCCUCUGGAGGCAUCAGGUUCUGUGCACAACUUGCUUGUCUUUGGGAGCCCUGAGUCUUUCCCACCUGCCUAUUUU